UCUGCCCGGGAGGACGCGUUGGCACUGAGGAAGCAGAGCCGGAGAGACUCCCCGGCCCAGGUGAGAGGAAGAUGAAGGUCCUGCUGAUGCUGGCGGUGCUGUCUGCCUGCAGUGUGUUCACAGCUCGUGGGAAGUUCCUGCACCCGUUCACACCGGGACUCGAGGGAAGCACCGUCGGAAAUCUGACUGCUCACAGCUGCUACUCGGGAUGGGGCAGCAAUCGCACGUCGAAGGCUUCAACGGACCGGUGCUGCCUGCUCCGUGCCUGCUGCUACGCCAGGCUGGCAGCACGGCGGUGCCGCGUGGGACCCGUCCAGCCCCUCUCAGUGCCCCGGGCAGGAAUCCCCACCUGCAGGUCCGGGACCUGGUGCCAGAGAGGUGCCUGCAGAUGCGAGCGGGCAGCCCAGUUCUGCCGCCUGCGGGGCCGGGGGCUGUUUCGGCGCCGGGGACCGUUCCGGCCUCGCAGCAAAUGCCGGGGACGAGCCGGGCGGUGUUGAAGCCAAAGGGAUUUUUGCAAAACCACCUCCAGGCUGAUGAGCAAAGGGACGGCGCAGCACGGGGAGCGUUUCCCAACCCUGGCGGGUUUCCUCCUUGGGGCUUUGGCUUCAACACGAGGACAACAACCCUCUCGUGAAACUGCGUCAUUAUACACUGGAUCCGUGGAGGGACAGCAGCGCAGAUGCAACUUUUCAGCACAGAAAAACAAGGGAGGGGUGGACACCUGCGCCUGGUCGCUGCGAAGGGCGAGAUGGAAACCAGUGCGAGCCUCUCUGCUGACACUCAUUUCCCCUUGGCUUGAACUCCCCACGCAGCCUGUCAGCUCCCUCUGCUUUUUUUGCUUCGCUGCAACUUCUCUUCUGUUGCUCCAAAAUAAAACCAGA